GGUCAAGAUCGAGAAAUGGAUGGCUCUUGGAUUUCUAUGAAUCGCUGGACUCGACUCUACUCGCUCACUUCUCCCCUUAACGCCCUUGCUUUCGCUCCUCGAUCGCGAAAAGCACAAUUCUUGACCCUACGAAACCGAAGAUUUACGGCAUCUGCCACCGCCGGCGGUCACGACCUGCUACGGCGCCCGAUGGACCCGGGAUCAUCGACCGUGCCCGACCCGAAUUCGGCCGAGGAUUUCGUCCACGUCGAGAAUUCCCUGUCGGAUAGCAUCGUCAAUGUGGAGGUGCCUAGAGAGGAGGAGGACGACGGCGACGUCGUUUCGACCAGCGCUGCCGCGGCGGAGGAGGACGACCGGGGGAGGAAGGUCCUCCCGGAGGAUCUCUCCCGGAGCGUGGUGGUGCUGACGUGUGAGUCCUCCGCCGAGGGCGGCGUUUGCGACGUGCACCUCGUCGGAACGGCGCAUGUUUCGGUGGAAUCAUGCAGAGAAGUCGAAGCAGUGAUAAGUUUUUUGAAACCAGAGGUUGUUUUCUUGGAGUUAUGCUCCAGCAGAGUAGCGGUACUUAGUCCUCAGAACUUGAAGGUUCCUACAGCGAGAGAAAUGAUAGAUAUGUGGAAGAAGAAUCACAAUGUCUUUGGAAUUGUUUACAGCUGGUUCCUUGCCAAGGUUGCAAGUAAGCUUGAGGUGUUUCCUGGUGCUGAGUUUCGUGUAGCACAUGACGAGGCGAUGAAGUAUGGGGGUAAGGUGGUACUUGGUGAUCGUCCAGUGCAGAUUACUUUGCGAAGGACAUGGGCAAAAAUGCCACUUUGGCAUAAGAUAAAACUAAUCUACUCCAUACUCUUUCAAGCGGUCUUUUUACCCGAACCCGAAGAUCUUAAUAAAAUGCUAAAGGAAAUGGAUGAUGUUGACAUGCUGACCCUUGUGAUUCAAGAGAUGAGUAAGGAGUUCCCAACUCUAAUGGAAACGCUUGUACAUGAACGAGAUCAGUACAUGUCGUCCACAUUACUAAGCUUUGCCCGGGAGCAUAAGUCAGUAGUUGCAGUGGUAGGGAAGGGGCACCUCCGAGGAAUUAAUAAGCACUGGAAGCAGCCUGUUGUGCUGACGGAUCUUAUGGAAAUUCCUUCACAAAAGACCGGUAUUUCCACAGUCAAAGUUCUUAAAUCUUUUGGUGUAGUUGUUGCUGGGGCCGCCAUAAUAUCUGGAAUAUAUCUUGCAUCUAAGAAAUGAGCUCAAAGUUACUUAGCUAUUUGGCGAAAGGGAUAGUUGAUGAUCCGAAUGAGGAUGCUAGAGGCUUAGUGUAUAACAUUUGGUUAUUUGUUCUAUUGUAGUUAAAUUGAGUGCAUAAAAAAAUCCAAGGAAAAACGUUUUGAUGAGUAAUUACUAGGUGUUGGAAGUUUUCAUCUUCAAUUGGUUCAUAACUUUAAAUUAUCAAAAAUUAGAAAUUCAAUUUUCUUUUUGUUA